AUGCACACGGUGGACAACGCCCACAUUAUAGACAUCUUCGGACUAGCAGCGACACCGAAAGCCCUGCUGUCUGCGAGCGGUUCCUCCACCAUCAACGUCCAUGACACGGUCGAUCAGUCAUUCCCCAUCAUACAGUCCAUUAGUGGUGCGCAUAAGCUCGGAUGCCAUCACAUCUGCACCUCACGCGACGGCAAGGUAGCGGCGAGUGCGGGCUUUGGUGGCGAGGUCAAGGUCUGGGUCGUCACGCCCGAGACGGGCGAAUGGAACCUCAAGACGGAGAUCGCGCAGGCAAGCAAGGCAGGCGAGGUUUGGGCCGUUGCCCUGAGCGAGAACGGAAGAUUCCUUGCUGGCACGACGUAUGACGGCCGCAUCAACGUCUGGGAUGUCUCCGGCGAGGAGACGAAGAGGGUCCAGGAGUACGAGACGGGAAGCGCGGGGUCAGGUAGCUUCGGCAUGUGCGUUGACCUGAGCCGGGAUGGAAAGUUCACUGCGAGCGGCCACGAGAGUGGAGCUGUCUAUGUCUUCAACAACGAGACUGGGCGGCUGCAACACUCCCUAUCAGGCCUGGCGAAGCCGGUCAGAUCAGUCGCCUUCUCACCUGGCAACUCCCGACUCGCAGCAGCUGGCGACGCUUCGGUUAUUGCUCUUUACGACAUGAACCACGGCGAACAUGUGGGCAAUUUGACAGGUCACUCAUCAUGGAUCACCUCGACGGAUUGGAGCGACACGGGCGAGUACCUGCUGAGCGGAGCUAUGGACGGCAAGGUAAAGGUCUGGUCCGUCGAUCGCGGAGCCUGCGUUGCGACACACAGCGAGACGGACAAGGCACUUUGGUCGGUCAAGUGGCUGCCCAAGACACAAAAGAGCGAGAUGUUUUGCACAGCGGGAGCGAACAGGAGUAUCUCGUUCUACCGCGAGGCUACUGGUACGUAA